AUGGUCAAGUCUGGUACUAUGGUGGCAUGGUUACUUCACCCAAGCCCUAGGAUACGCAAGUCUAUCAUUAUAUCUGCCCUCGUAAUAAUAGCUUUAGUGCUUUCAGCGACUCAGAUGCUGAAUCGCAGUUUUGAACCCGUUUAUCACCCUUUGGAUAUCAAGGAUGAAGCAAGAAGUCUACUCGAAAAGUUGUAUCAGGCUCAUAGAGGGUCAGAUGCAGAGAUGAAAGAUGCCGAUACUGCUACCGAUACCGAUACCAACGCCAAUGUCAAUGGUAAAGGUACUCCUCAGACGACUUCGGUGCCUCCUGAUCCGGAAAAUCCGUAUCUUUCAAAUACUGUAUUAAAUGUCCAAUACAGACCCAUCGAUGUCCAGGGUUUCCUGGGAAUGAUGCCCUUUGACCCCAAAAAAAACUACUAUAAAGAUCAGUUUUGCCCCGAUUUGCUUUACAAGUCCUCCGACUCUAAACGUAUUAUGGAGAAUUCAAAGGCUCGUUUAUUACCUGAUGAUCUUGAAGGUCUUAACGAGUAUCUUCGGAAAACUGGUUACGGUUCUCUUUUUUCUAGAAAACACAAUGAUUUUUCUCCAGAUGCUGACCUUAGUGAAGUCGACUUCACCUCUUAUCCAGACUGGUUUAGAUUUACUGGCUCCUCCGUUUGGCUUCCAGAUGAGAAAGUGCAUCUAAUGGCUAGCAGGCUUCUUUAUGCUCCAGCGAAGUAUCCUCUAAUGUCUUUUAUUCGUCUGCAGAUUUUUGAUGCCGAUUGGAAUGAAAUAAAGGGUCGUCGUCUUUUAUAUGUCGAUGCUCCAGAGCAUGAUAUCAAAGAAGCUAUGGGUAACUACACUCGUUCCCAUAAUGAGGAAGACUUGGAUUCUGUGUCUAUCAAGUUUCCAGGUAUUUUAGAUAUCGACCUUGACGAGGAAAGUCGUGAGUUCUUGUUAGGACCUGAAGAUCCAAGAAUCGUAUACAAUGAUGUUUCUGGCAUUCCUGAGCCUGUCAUUAUCUUCAACCAGGAUGCCAAUGGUGGUAGGGCCAUGUACUUAACUUUUCCACUAGAAAGAACUCCUCGUGGUAUGAAAAAGCCCACUCUUAAGUUGCGUACGGCGCUCAUGGGAGACGGCACGUACGAGAAGAAUUGGACUCCAUUCUUUGAUACUUUAGAUCCAAAGCCUGAAGCCAAUAUGCGUGGUUCCAUGUACGUCAUGUAUGACAUCAAUCCACUAAGAGUUUACAAGUGCAGCCUGGAUAGUGGUGAGUGUUUCAUUGUACAGCAGGAAGGUGCAAAGGCUCCUAAUCCCCGUGGUGAUAAGUUGACCUCUAUUCGUGGUGGCACUAGUCUUAUUCCUAUCCCGAGGUAUGUUGUUCAGCGUCUUUUGAGACGUGAUGGUAUUCUAGAUUCUGACUAUCCAUUGCAGAUGUGGCUGGGUUUUGUAAAGACUCAUAUUAAUGAUUGUGGUUGUGGUCAUAUGUUUUACCGUCCACAUCUAAUGGUUAUGGUAAAACAGGAGCAUUCUUUCCGUGUCGAUCUACUUUCAGACAGUAUGGACUUUGGUAAAGAUGUCAUGUCGUUUGAUGAUCAUUCUUCUGUAUACUGUGAUGAUGGAAACAACGUUCUCAAUCCCAACGAAAUUGCCUUUUGGGAUAUCAGCUAUGAGAGGCCCAACGAAGAUUCCGUCUUUGAUCUUGAGUCCAAGCUUCUCCCUUACUACGAUGACUAUUUGGCUCUUACUAUUAGUGAAGCAGAUGAAAAUGUUCAGGUUAUCUUCCUGAAAAAUGUUUUGAACUACAUUAUCGGUGCCUAUAAGCAUGGCACUCUAGUCCUAGGCAAGAAGGACGUGGGAAGAGAGGUUCGAGAGAGAACUAAGAAAGUUGAAUCGUGUGUCCUAAAGGCCGCCUCUCGUUACUGUGAAAUAUAUUCUUUGACGCAUAAGCGUCCCCCUCCAGAGACAAUUGAUUGA